AUGGGUAUUGUCAUUCACGGUGCCAGCAAGGCAACUUGCACUCAACGUAUUCUCGCCACCUUGAUUGAGAAAGGCGUGACCGACUAUGAGUUGAAAACUAUCAGUACGAGGGCUGGAGAGCACAAGCAACCCGAAUACCUAAAGAAACAGCCAUUUGGCGUCAUUCCCGUUUUGGAAGAUGGUGAUUUCUUGAUGCAUGAAUCACGAGCCAUCUGCUACUACAUUGCAUCCAAAUAUAUCGACCAAGGCCCGAAGCUUAUUCCCGACGUAACAGACCUCACAGGAAAUGCAACAUUCCAAAAAUGGGCCAGUGUCGAAAGAGAUAACUGA